AGCUAAAGGUUUCGUUCAUGUUACGAUCACGCGCGUUUGCAGUAUACUAACCAAAGUUUAAAUUUAAUAGUUUACUAUAGACCUUUAUUAUAACACUUAAGAAAAUAAAUUCAGUUGCAUAAGACUGUGAAUCAAAAAAGCCACUAUGUUGCCGUUAUCUUUGCUUAAGACUGCACAGAAUCAUCCUAUGUUGGUGGAGCUGAAGAACGGGGAGACCUAUAACGGUCAUCUGGUCAGCUGUGACAACUGGAUGAACAUCAACCUGCGAGAGGUCAUCUGCACGUCCCGGGACGGAGACAAGUUUUGGAGGAUGCCCGAGUGUUACAUCAGAGGCAGCACGAUCAAAUACCUGCGUAUCCCCGACGAGAUUAUCGACAUGGUGAAGGAGGAGGUGGUGUCAAAGGGGCGUGGCCGUGGGGGCAUGCAGCAAAACAAACAGCAGGGCAAAGGCCGAGGGGGCGGAGCCGGGAGAGGUGUGUUUGGUGGGCGUGGCAGAGGUAUGCCUGGUGGUGGGCGUGGCCAACAGCAGGAGAAGAAGCCGGGAAAACCACAGGGCGGCAAAAACCAGCACUAAACCGGACUCAGGUCGACGCUGUUCACAGAUCCUCGUUCACACGCGCCGUUUUCUCUCCUCGGUUUCAGAGCAGUAGUCGGUCGCUAGGUUUCGACGACAUAUUUUAUUUUGGGUUUUGUUUUUUUUUUGCGUUUUAAAACAUCCGAGUGUGACUUAACGAUAGAACUGUUUUUGUAUUUUAUUGACCUGGCCGUGACCUCUGUGUCAGACUCUCUCCUUUUCUUCAUGCAUACUUUUCCACCAGAGAAGAUUUCAUUUGGCGUCAUCAUACACCUGUCUUCAGUUCUGUAAAAGUACUUCUUUUUUUUUUUUUCUUUCCCCCCACAAAUAUUCGGAGAAAAUUCACGUGUUGAUACAGGAGGGUAUAAGUUUUGUUUGGAGAUAAAAUAUUAAUCUUUUUGUCCGCUCCCUCUAAAGCAAGUUAGACUCCUGUUUAACACACAAUAGGUUUUACUUUGCGUACAUUUUGUAAUAGACAGGGAACAAUUAUG